UGUGAACCAAAACUUUUAACUUGAAAUAAAUCUGUGUACGUUUAUCAUUUAUCUUUUGAAAACAUUCUAUGUGUUAAAUAUGUGAUUUUGAAAAGGAUUUGGGAAAAACAGAUACAGAAUUUUUAAAAGGAUUGGGAACUUUCAUUAUGAGUUCUUCAAAAACCGAAAGCCUUUCCAUGAAUGAUGAGGAGAUUGAGUAUGCCAAUUUUAUUAAGCAACGAAUAGAAAAUUCUGGAGGAUCAGUCAAGUUUCAGCAUCUCACAGGACACCUUUCCCAGUUAUCUUUAAACAUUAGAAAAGCCGUCGGAGGUGGAACCCAAGAGCUUAUGAAAUUUUUGAGGAAGCAUCACAACAUAUUUACUAUUGAUCCAAAAGGAAAUGUUUCAGUUAAGCAAUCCGCCGCUCAUCUUUUCUCUCCUCUUACUCUUCCCGAGGAAGAAAAGUCUCACAAUAGUUUGCCUCUAAAAUUAGAAGGUCAUGGAGUAGCGAUAAAUGUACAUCCAACUUUUGGUUUCAUCAAUGCUAAGCAUCCAUUUAAAACCACUGUUUAUUUUUGCCCUUCCAAUUUUGAAAAUGGAAAGGGCAGCCUUUUAACAGAUUUUAAUCUGUUCGUGGGCUGUAAACUUUUUUUUAAUGCUGUUCUAGGCAAUCCUAAUUUUGAAGCUAAAUACAAAGCAGUAAAAGUUUGGAAACCUUUAGAGCCGGAAGAUCCUCCUGAUGAACCUAUCAAGCCAAAACUUCGCAAGAAUCGUGAUAGUGGGUUAUACGAUCCUAACAUGAAGGAGGGAGAAGGAGUUGUGCAUAAAGUUUUCCCUACGCAUGCUUUUAUCACUGUUGAAGAUGAUCCUAAUAGUUCUGUGUUUUUUCAUAAAAAUCAUCUUUCUAAAUACUCGAAUGUUGUUGAUUUGAGUGAAGUUGUUAAAGUUGGGACUGUAGUAGAGUUUAGUGCUAUGAGAUCCACUAAAUCUGACGCAAAAGCAAGAUGGGAAGCAACUAAAGUUUGGAUUAAAGGAACCAAAAGUAAAAAGAAGUCAAGCAAGAAGAAUGAUGAAAUGUAUUUAUCAGAUGAUGAUUCUGUCUAUGAUAACUACAGUGUGGGCUCAUCGAAUUCUCUACUAGAUACGAAGGCCAAGAAGGAAAGUCACGUAAAAACAUACAAUUCUUUGCUUUCGAGAGAAGCAAAACAAAAAAACAAUAUGCUUCUUGCAAAUGAAAGUGGCCAAUUUUUUCCUCGCACAUCAGGAUCUGUUAUAAAGUUUGGUCCUAAUUUAGCUGAACUUGCCGAUGCAGAUUCUACACUGUUCUAUUCUCACGGAGCAAAAGUAGUAGAGAAACUUUGGGAGUUUAGUGAUGGUGAUAAGGUGCAAUUUGAUGCUGUAAGAAUCAAGUCAGCACCCGGGUGGAAGGCUGUAUUAGCUUGGGUUGGUGAAAAACCUGAUGUUGUUUUAUCAAGUGAGGAUUUUGGAUUAUCAGAUGAUGAAGCUAGUGACAUAUCUGAUGUGCAAAUCUCAAAUGAGCCAACAGUUUCUCCAUCAUUUAAGAAAACAAAUAGAGAGUUCAUAAAUUCAAAUUAUAAAAAACAAAAUAAAUUGCCCCCAAAAUCUAGCAUAUCAAGUCUUGAUUUAGAAUCAGAAAAAGAUUCUGGUAUUUAUGUGUUUCCAGAAAAUAAAAAACCAAAGGAAUCAUUUUUGAGCUUAGCUGAUAUUGAGAAAGGAGCCUCUAGAAGUCUGCAAUCAUCUAGAACUGGUUCUCUAACAAGUUUAAAUUCUUCCAAAGGAUCACAAAAAAGUUCUAAAAAGUCGAAGCAUAAUAAGGACUCGAGAGUUCUAUCAAAUACGCAUCACAAUAGCUCUGAAAAAGUAAUUUCUAAAUAUACUUCAAGUCGUAAGUCGAAUUUUAAUUGGGCCGAUACUCCUUGCUCAGAUGAUGAAGAAGAGCAUUCCCAAUUUGCUGACAGGGAACAUGAAAUAGCCGUUGACAAUGUCAAAGAACUUAAUCAAAAUUAUUCAAAUUUUGAAGAUUCAGGCAUCAUGGCUAAAUUCGGAGAUCUUUUGGCAAACUCUGAUGAUGAUGAUGAUGAUGUGACUGAUCAAAACAGCAUAGCAGACUGUAAUGAAAAUAAUGAUCUUGUAUCAGAUAAUCAGAAUGACUUAUCUAAUGACAAUUUAUCUAAUAGCAAUUUUAAGCCAUAUGUUAAAUUUUUUGAAGGUAUAUUAGGCACAGUUACUACAGCUUAUAGUCGAUUUAUUCGAAUUGAAAGCAAAGCAUUGCAGGAUUCGGCAGUGUGUGGUUUUAAUGACAUAUACAGAAAUGGAACUCCAAUUUCUGAUCAUUUUGAUGAUGUAAAAGAAGUUGUAAAAGAUGGUGAUACUUUAAAGUUUAACUGUUUUGAAGUGUUAGAUGAUUCUAAUCAAUAUUGGCUCGUUGUGACAAUGGCUUGGAAGGGUAACAAACCCAAAGUGGAUCAGAUGACUGUUGAAGAGUUUCUUGCUUCUCGGCCAGAUAUCAGUGUUACUAUUGAAGAUGAGUCGAAAGGCAAGCCUACUUGUGACACUUCUUCAGAGAGCAUGAGAUUACUUAACGAUAAAAGCGAAGCAACAGGAUCUAAGAAAUAUUUAUCAGUUGUGCAGACUAACAUAGAAGAUGAAGAUCUGAAUGUGAAUUCUGAACUGUCAUCUGAUGAACCAAUCCAGAUGAUUAGUGCUAAAAAUGAAAUUGCUUCUGUGGAAAAUAAGAAAAAGUUCCUGACUGAGAUAAAACAACUGAAUUCUGAACCAACUCAUGAACCAAUUCAAAUGAUUAGUGCUAAAAAACAAAUGACUUCCAAAGAGAAAAAAGAAAAGUUCCUGACUGAGCUACAAAGUCGGGAAGAGGGGUCGUCCUCUUCUUCAUCUAGCAGUAUGUUAGCUUUGAAAAUUAGUCGUAUGCUGAUUAGUGAAGGCAUUGUAAAUGACGAUUCCAUGGAAAAUUUACAUAAUAUCAGCUUGGAAAUUAUCAACUUAGUUUUGAAAGAAAGCAGCCGUGAUACAACUAGCAUUUCUUCAGUAGCAAGCUCUUUUAGCAAUGAUAGAAGUUUACGGACUGAAGUUAAUUUACUUUCCCAAGACAUUGCUAGUCAAACUAAUAAUUUCUCUGCCAGUCCGAGUUCAAACAGCAGUAGCAACAAAGCAGUCCAGACAAUUAUUACAGGCGAAGUCUUCUCACAAAGUAUAUUUACUCAAUAAUUUUAUGAUGCUAGUUUGUUCAUUUGUUAAAAUUACUUUUUCUAGCUAUGCUAUAUAUAAAUAGCUUAUAACUUAAAAAAAAAUAUUUAUAUACUUUUUGUUACAUUUUAAGCAUUAUUAUGAUAAUGUUAAUGCUGCAUUAUUGUGUUCAGAAAUUCAAGUAAAAUGUUUGCUGUGAUAUUUUUGAAAUGUUUGAUUGAAUUGAUUGUAUGAAUGAAGGAUUGUGAUCCUUGAUUGUUGUGUAGGGAUGUUUUAUUGUUUUAGUUCCUGAAAGUACUUGCCUAAGGCCCUUAGGUAAAUAAUUAAAGGGAUACAAUUGUAUUUACUGGAAUACUACUCAGUUCUUGUUCAAUUGAUAAUGUUCAUUUUUAUGUUAAAGCACAAAAUUUCCAUUUUACAGAACCUAAAAUUCAAUUUGGUGGAACUCUGACUGAAAUUUCUCAAAUUCCCCAAUCCUCUCAAAGGGAACGGUACACACUUGUUUUUCAGAAUUAAAAAUAGGAGCAUGAUUCUUAAAUUCUGGGUGUCCAUGAUUAAAGGACCCUGCUUUAAAGUUGUCUAGCAAUGAAACUACUGCUUAAAAAUUAACAAAAUUUGGUGUACAAUAUAAUGAAGAGAUGGAGGCAUUAGUUUAAGCAAAUGAAAAAGUAGUUCAAAACUUUACCCACCAGAAGGUGUAUUUUUGUGAGUUACACAUUUAUUAUACAUUUUUGAAACAAAUGGGUUGCAUCAAAACAUGUUCAACAUGAAGACUAUCAUUUUCAUUUACUUUCUGGAAUUGUGAGAUAUCAUAUUCUACAGUUGAUAUCAGUACGCUUUGGGAAAUGCUGCUAACAUGUUCUGAUAUGCAAUGUUUAAGAUCAGGUAAAGUUCUACCAUUAUCACGAUUUAUGAAAUGUUUCAAAUGCCUCCAAAGCUAAAGUCGCAUGGAAUAACAUUUGAUGGUCCUAAAAUUAUGCAUUUCAUUGAAAACGCCCUCUGGGGAGCUGCGAAAUUUUGAACUAUUUUUUUUUUAAUUCACUUCAACAAAUUACCAUCCUUUCAUUAGGUUUUACAAAAAAUUUCGUAAAUUUCUGAGCUAUAAUUUCACUGCUAGACAACUUUAAAGUAGAGCAUUUAGUUAUGGAAACCCUCUAUAUCGAGAGCGCCAGAUUUGAUAGUGAGGGGUCUAAUUUUUCGCAAUUUUCCCGUUUUCGAGAUACACAUGAUUGAAAUAUAGCAUAUAAUCAAGGCCCAAUUUCCCAAUAGGCAGAGUAGGCAGCUGCCUAGGGUGGUAAACCACACAUUUUUAAAAUUGUUAUUCUUAUCUGAAAUCUUCAUGAUAAGAUGAAAAUAAAGUUUUACAUUACAUCUCUUCCUGAUGGUAGACACUAGAGAUGAGACGGGCUCAGCCCAGGCUCUGGCUCAUGGUAAGAUUUUUAAUCUUCAAUCUCCAUACAAAUACUUUUUCUACUGAAAAUGGAUUCUUUUUUUAAAUUUUACUUUGCUCUAGUGUAAAAAUGCAUAAAACUUAAAUCAUGGGAUAAAAUAUUUCAAUUUUAAUUUUAAAAUUUC